GCAGACAUUGCAUCUGAGUAUUAUUUGCAAUAUCAGAAGAAGGUCUUUUGUGGAUGGGAGUGCAUUUGGCAAAAAGGGGGAGCUACUGCAGAAGGCGUGUGCUGUUCAGAGAUAGAAGUACAGCAUAGGGAGUGGAGUAAGUGGGAAGCAAUCACUAGGGAAAUGGACCGACAAACUGUACUUCCCAACUCAAGUGCCCUCACUGUGGAUUAAGGUGAACAUCGGCAUCUGUAUUAUGUUGACUGUAGAUAACACCAACCUGGUUUCAGUGACAGAGUACCUGUGGAUCAACACCAUGUGGAAUACAUUACAGAAAAGGCAUCAGCUGUGAGGACAACUGAGGGAAUUCAGCAAGGACCAGGAAGUGGCUGCAGUUUGCAGCUCGUCUUUUUUCCACACGUCUUUAAACCCCAGAACAGUCAAGCUACUAAUGAGCAAGUCGAUGUGUGGCUGUGGCUGCAGCAUCAUCUCCUCUCUGAUGAAGAGACUGGGCCGCACAGCUUGCUGCUCAGAUCUCUUCUCCAGCCAUACUUCAGAACAGCUGCAGCGACUGGCCACUGGCUGCCCACCUCAGCCAAAGAAUGCCAAGCCCUUCUCCUCCUCAGACAGCCUAGCGAAGGUCCAGGAGGUAGCAAGCUGGCUUUUGGAAAUGAACCAGGAUCUGCUGUCGGGGGGCAGCAGCAGCAGGCGGAGUCGGGGGCCGGGGGGUCCGGCAGUGCGAGGUAACGCCUCCUCCACGGCCCGGGCACCUCAGCAGGCGGCAGAGGAGGGUGAUGAGGAUGAACACAUGAACCGGGUAGUAGAGGAGGAAGAGCAGCUGCAGCAAAGGCUUGAGGCGUCGCAGGUUGAUGGCGAGAGAGAACAACCAUGGGCAGCAAGUGAAUCGGGAGCCAGCAACGGCCCUCGGGGAGAUGAGGAAGGGGAAGAAGACGAAGAGGGCCCUCCAAACGAAGUAAACGGAGGAGAGAAAGGAGCUCGAUGGAUGUGGGGGGCAGAGCAGAGGCGGCCGCGAGACCAGCCGCUGGGCGAAGAGGACGAGGAGGAGGAGGAAGAGGAGGAGAACAACAACAGCAGCAGUCACCAAGAGGAGGAGGAGGCGGAGGAGAGGACAGAGGGAGGGGAGGAGCAGGGAAGGGAGGAAGAGGAGAGGGAAGAGGGCGAGGAGGAAGAGGAGGAGGAUGAGGACGAGGAAGAGAUGGACCAAGACAGUGAUGACUUUGAACAUUCUGCAGAGAGUGGGAGGGAGGAGGAAGAGGAGGAGGAAGGAGAAGGGGAGGAAGUGCUGCGAUCUCCCUCUCUCAGGAACAAUGUGUCUGCCCCCAGUAACAACCUGGACUCCGGUUGUACACACCAAAGCUCUUCCAACAAGAAGGUAAGCAGCUGCUGUUUGUUGAACAGUUUUCAUUGGAACUCCUGUACCUUCUCCUGA